AUGGAGCUCCGUACACGGCAGGAACAAAGGCAGCAUUCAAACAACACCAGCGUGAAUAGAAUCGAAAGCCAGAUCCCAGCCGUUAUUGAAACCCCUGGCUCGCCUCUUCUUCCGUCCAAGUUUGAGGCACAAGAACUGAUCCGGUCUUACUUUUCCACCCUCUAUCCACUUCCAUCGUACGCAUUCCUGCACGAAUCAUCCAUUUCACAGAGGCAUGCCGAAGGCACUUUGGAUGAAUGCCUCACGCUGGCCAUCUGUGUGAUCACAGCUGUUCACCUGAAUUUGGUGAAAUUCUUUCCCCUGCUGAGCUCAAGAUGGAUCCAAAGAGUGGAGGAUAUGGUGUGGCAACAAUUGGAAAACCCAUCCGUGCUCAAACUUCAAGCUCUUCUUCUGGUGGUUCGUUAUCAUAUCCAUACUGGUGCAUUUCAAAGAGCCUUCAUGCUUGCUGCUCUGGCCGCACGAGGUGCAACGGGGCUGCGUCUCAAUUAUGCACGGUCAGAUCUGAGCUUUCUCGCCCAGGAAAUUCGUCGAAGGCUGGUCUGGACAUUCUCGAUGCUUGAUGGACUUUUUAGUAUUGGGCUGCCAGAGUUUGAAUUAUGUCCCAUUGAAGCAAUACACUUACAGCUUCCUUGUCGUGAGAACGAUUUGGCUUCACCAAGUCCUGUUGAGACCGAGCCAGUUCGUCCAGGGAAUGCUCGCAACACGAAAAAUCUUGGGCUCUAUGCUCUAUAUAUUCGAUCUACAUUCAUGCGCAGAAACAUUAUGAAGUUUUCGCGGCAGACGGCCCAAGAAAAGCUGCAUGCAUCCGAUUUCCUCGUACGCUUUGAGCAGCUGGAACAAGAAAUCAAUGAUAUGGAAACUGAGAGUAAGCGAGUGACAACAUACUCACCACCAGAGCUGGGAAACUAUGUGGGUAUUCGAUGGCUAGCUCGUUAUCUUAUGGUCCAUCUUUCCUGGCAUCAAUGUCGUUGCGAUCUGUACCGUUUAUUCCUGCCCGGAUACAGAGACGCCGCACCGGCCCACGUUUUGCAGCAUAUUGAAUCGACUUUCCUUGCCAAUGGAGCCUUUCAAUGCUGGAUCCAUGCCAACGCAAUCAUUGAUAUUCUCGCGGAUGUUGAUCAGAAGUGCAUUGGCCAGGUUUUUCUGGAAUUUGACACCGCCGUUGUUGCAUACCAUGCUGCACGGCUUGUACUCUUCCUCAAAAGAAAUGACAGUCUCGAACUCGAUUUUGCCAUCACUCGAGCUGGACUGUGUGUGGCAGUUGUGAAGAGCACUGACUACGCGAGCCCAUCGACGACUUUGACGUCUGGGCGGGGAAUUGGUAAUGUCCCACGUCUUGAAACAAUGCCCCCAGCGUUGAGAAGUCUUGAUCAGAGAGAUACGGAUGUCACGGCAGAUUACCGCGCUUCGCGCAAUGUUCCGCUCGACAGGCACCCACAAGUUCGAUUAGAAGCUCAUUGCUCCACGACCGCAACAGCAGAGAAUAAUCUGAAUAUUGGACGGUCAACAAGAAUCGCCGAUGAAUGA